GGGACAGGAGAUGAAGCUGUUGGAGAUGAAGGGAAGAUGGAAGUUGAAGCUGUCCAGAAAUUAAGAAGAGGUACGCAAGCAAGGAAGUUGAAUCCAAAAUACAUUGGUGCCAACUGGAUGUAAUAGAAUUACAGGGUUGUUAGACUGUGGUUUUGCUUUUUGUUCUCAAGUAUAAAAGGAAAGCAUCUGCAAUAUUGUAAAGUGGCUUUUGGCAAUAGACACAACUGAACUUGGAAAGCAAGAAAGAAUAAAUCGCAUACCCUGUCCGUCUCUGUUGCUGUCUGCGCCUAACAUUUGGUAUUCAGAGCCUAAACUGGAUCCUCACCACGCGUACAACACGAGAUUGCAGGCCAGAGCGGGAGCGAUGGCGCCCCCGAGAGUGGAAGACCCCAUGGCGCUAUUGAUGGCCAAAAUCGAUGAAGGUAACAAGGAAAACUGCCGACGCAUGGAGGCGAUCCAGUCUACAAUGGAGAAGAUGGAGAGCACAGUGCAAGGAUUGGUCUCUGAUCGGAGCGACUUCAAGAAGUGGCGGCCCGAGAUCGAGAGGAAGGUGGUGGAGAUGGCGGAAACCCUAGUGAAGAUCCAAACGAAGAUAAGUAAUACGACUCCAUCUACCACUUCUUCGGGAGCAGUACCAGCGGUCGCCAACGGCUCGACGUCGGCAACAGCUUCGGUGGUGGCGGGGGAGAAGAUGGCGGGCUCUACCCUGCACCGUACAGCGGAUCCCUUCCGACGACCUGCUGCGGAAUCGGAGGUGAACCGGAUGUCGCUGCCCUUGGGAGGUAUGGCCACGCCAAAUCCUCAUGCUCCUUGGUUAUUUGGCCAACCCUCUGUGAGUCCAUUUGCAUCUCCAACCUGGUCACAAGGAUUGGGAGGAAACAUGCCACCGAUGAAUUUUCCAGUGUUUGAUGGAUCCAAUCCUAAGCUUUGGAAAAAUCGGUGUGAAACUUAUUUUGAGUACUAUGCUGUCCCAGUGGAGAUGUGGAUUCGAUUGGCUAUUAUGCACUUUGAGGGGCCGGCUCUGUUUUGGCUGGAGUCUAUGGAAGGUAGAACCAGGGAAAUGAAUUGGGGUGAACUUUGUACAGCUCUGCUCACCAGAUUUGGUCGUGACCAGCAUAAUUUGCUCAUCAGGCAAUUUUACCAUAUAUUCCAGACAGGAUCAGUAUCAGAUUAUAUUGAACAAUUUGAUUUGUUACUGCAUCAGUUGUUGGCUCAUGAAAAUCAUCUCACCACUACCAUGGUUACUGCCCGUUUUGUUGAUGGACUGAAAGACGAACUAAGGGCAGUGGUAAUCAUACAGCGGCCAGCUGAUCUGGAUACAACAUGUUCUCUAGCAUUAUUACAAGAAGAGGUCAUGAGUACUUCUGGACGUAGAGAACUGAGAAAAGUGGAUACUAACUCUAUUGUCAGAGUUCCAAACAAACCCAAUGCUUUGCCUAUGUUGUCAGGUAGUCGGACAUCAGGGGUACAUGAUGAACGGAGGUCUAUGGCAACAGUGGGUGCUAAAGGUGAAAUGAGUAAAAUGGAAGCUCUCAAGGCAUAUCGGAAGGCUAAGGGACUGUGUUUUAAGUGUGGAGAAAGAUGGGGCCAACUUCACACGUGCUCGAACACAGUGCCUUUACAUCUGGUUGAAGAAAUGUGGGCUCUAACAAUGGGUGCAUCUGAACUGGAGAUGGAGUCUGCAGAGCCUGCAACUGAGACUAGCCUAGAGAGUGUGCUUGCUAUUUCUGUUGCAGCAGUAUCAGGCAGCGAAGGGAGCAAAACUAUCAGACUGUGGGCAUCCAUUUAUUGUCAACAGGUUUUGGUGUUAGUGGAUUCGGGUAGCUCCGCGAGUUUUAUGGAUAAUCAUCUCACAGGAGUAAUGUCCGCAGUGCAGCCAUUAUCAAUGCCUUUGCAAGUGAAGGUUGCCGAUGGAAGGACACUAUGGAGUACUCACUUUGUUCCUGAUUGCUAGUGGCUAUGUGGGGGACAUACUUUCGUCCAUGACUUCAAAAUAUUACCAUUGAGUGGGUAUGAUCUGAUUCUUGGUAUGGACUGGCUGGAAAAAUAUAGCCCAAUGUCUAUACACUGGGGGCAAAAGUGGUUCCAGUUUAUAUAUAAAGGGAAGUCAGUACGGCUGCAAGGUGUUUUACCCAAUACUCGGUCUUGUUUUUCCCUAAAUUGUCUUCAGUUUGAUUCCCUUGUCAAACAAGAUGCAAUUGAGCAGUUAUUGGAGUUGCAAGUCGUACCACUUAGUGAACCCACUGACAUGCCUAUGGUGGUGGCUGAUCUGGUUAGCCAGUUUAACCAUCUGUUCGAUGAGCCAAAAGAGUUACCACCCAAGAGGUGGAUUGAUCAUGCUAUACCACUAAUCCCAGGAGCUCAACCUUUUCGGCUCCGACCGUAUCGGUAUACACCACAGCAGAAAGAUGAAAUUGAAAAACAAGUGAAGGAAAUGUUGGGCAAUGGUAUUAUUCAGCAGAGUACAAGUCCAUUUGCUUCACCUGUUCUUCUUGUCAAGAAAAAAGAUGGUGAGUGGCGGUUGUGUGUAGACUACCGCAGACUUAAUGCAUAUACAGUGAAGAACAGGUAUCCUAUGCCCAUUUUCGAUGAGAUAGCAGAUGAGUUGAGUGGGGCUGUUAUCUUUUCUAAGCUCGAUCAUAGAGCGGGGUACCACCAGAUACGGAUUAAAGAAGGGGAUGAGCCGAAAACAGCCUUUCAGACACAUUCUGGCCAUUUUGAAUAUCGUGUUAUGCCAUUUGGGUUAACGGGAGCACCUGCUACUUUUCAGGAGUUCAUGAACCAGAUUUUGGCCCCACUACUACGCAAGUGUGUAGUUGUCUUUCUGGAUGAUGUGCUUGUUUACAGUCCUAGCCUGGAACUUCAUGUGCAGCACUUGAAAGCAGUAUUUCAGAUACUGAGUGACCAUCAGCUACAUCUCAAGCGAUCAAAGUGUCUGAUGGCUCAAGAUACUCUGGAAUUUUUGGGCCAUGUGAUCAGUGCACGAGGGGUAUCUACAGAUCCACGCAAGGUCCAAAUAAUUCAAGAUUGGCCAAUUCCAAAUUGUGUUAAAGAACUCCGGAGUUUUCUUGGUAUGGCCGGUUAUUAUCGAAAGUUUGUGCAGCAUUUCGGCAUCAUCAGUAAAUCCCUUACUAAUCUUUUGAGGAAGGACACGGUGUUUGUCUGGACCACUGAAACUCAAAAGUCUUUUGAUAUUUUAAAGCAAGUUUUGGCUCAAGCUCCAGUGCUAGCUAUUCCUAAUUUUCAGAAAACUUUUGUGAUUGAGACUGAUGCUAGUGGAGGCGGUAUUGGGGCUGUGUUGCAGCAGGAAGGACAUCCAAUUGCAUAUAUUAGCAAGGCACUCGGACCACGAAAUUUGGGUUUGUCAAUCUAUGAGAAGGAAUGUCUCGCCAUUUUAUUUGCGGUCGACCACUGGCGUUCGUAUCUUCAGCAUGGGGAAUUUAUCAUUAAAACAGAUCAGCAAAGCCUCAUUCACCUUGAUGAUCAGAGGUUGUCUACGAGCUGGCAGCAGAAAGCUUUGACAAAGCUUCUUGGUUUGCAAUACAAGAUUAUCUACCAUCAAGGGACCAACAACCGGGUGGCUGAUGCUUUGUCACGCCGACCGGGGCUGGAACGGGAUGCACCACAUCUUCAACUGAAUCUAGUGGCAACUUCAACGGUGGUUCCCAGUUGGUUACAGCAAGUAGUUCAGGGGUAUGAGCAAGACCCCAGUACUCAAAAACUGUUGCAGGUAUUAGCCACUGGAACAGACCAGGGUCAGUAUACUCUGACAAAUGGAGUGAUCAGAUACAAGGGUCGUAUUUGGUUGGGCACCAAUCUGGUUUUGCAGCAGACAGUCAUGACCGCCUUGCAUGCCAGCGCUCUAGGAGGUCACUCUGGUUUCCCAGUAACAUACCGGCGUCUCAAAGCUAUUUUUGCCUGGCCUGGUAUGAAGAAGCAGGUGAAGGAAUUUGUGCAAUCAUGUGUCACAUGUCAACAGGCCAAACCUGACCGGGUCAAGUAUCCUGGUCUCCUGCUGCCACUACUAGUUCCAACACAUGCCUGGCAUACUGUUAGCUUGGAUUUUAUCACCGGAUUGCCUCAGUCCAAUCGGUCUAAUUGCAUCUUAGUGGUGGUGGACAAGUUUUCUAAGUAUGCUCACUUUCUUCCCUUGGCUCAUCCCUUUACAGCUCUUUCAGUGGCUAAACUAUAUUUGUCAGAAGUCUAUCGGCUCCAUGGGUUGCCAGCUGCUAUGAUUUCAGACAGGGACCCGGUCUUUACGAGUCACUUGUGGCAAGAACUGUUCAAAAUGGCUGGUACUCAGUUAUGCUUAAGCAGUGCAUAUCACCCUCAAUCGGAUGGACAAACAGAGCGAGUGAAUCAGUGUCUGGAGACGUAUCUUCGCUGUUUUGUCCACUCUUCUCCCAAGAAAUGGGCGCACUGGUUGCCGUUGGCUGAGUUUUGGUAUAAUACUUGUCCUCACUCGACUCUUGGAACUUCUCCGUUUGAAGUGUUGUAUGGCCACUCACCUAUACAUUUUGGGCUUGUUGACAAUGGUCAGUGUACAAUUCCUGAUCUUCAAGAGAUGUUGGCAGAGCGACAGCUGAUGCUCCAGCAAGUUAAGUUGCAUCUCAAUCGUGCCCAGCAACGUAUGAAAAAAUAAUCGGAUAAAGGAAGGACAGAUCGUGUUUUUGAAGCAGGACAACAAGUGUUUCUCAAACUUCAACCUUAUUGUCAAUCUUCCGUAGCUUCCCGUCCUUAUCCCAAAUUGGCUUUUAAGUUCUUUGGUCCAUUUACCAUUGUUCGCAAGGUUAAUCUUGUAGCUUAUGAGUUGGCUCUUCCACCAGGUUGUGGUAUUCAUCCGGUAUUCCAUGUUUCUCAGUUGAAGCCUCAAGUUGGUUCCAAUACACCUGUUAGCUUGUCAGUACCUGAUCUGUCAACUGGUUUGCAAGUGCCUGAACAGAUAUUGGACUCCAAGUUGGUUUGGCGUGGAGGCAAAGCAAUUUCUCAGGUGUUGGUUAAAUGGUCGGAUUGGGAUGUCUCUCUGGCUACGUGGGAAGAUGAAGCUGUGCUGAAGCAACAAUUCCCUGCAGCACCAGCUUGGGGACAAGCUGUCUCUCCAGGGGGGAAUAUGUUAACAACUCUAAAGGUGGACCGGACCAGGAAGGGACAGGAGAUGAAGCUGUUGGAGAUGAAGGGAAGAUAGAAGUUGAAGCUGUCCAGAAAUUAAGAAGAGGUACGCGAGCAAGGAAGUUAAUCCAAAAUACAUUGGUGCCAACUGGAUGUAAUAGAAUUACAGGGUUGUUAGACUGUGGUUUUGCUUUUUGUUCUCAAGUAUAAAAGGAAAGCAUCUGCAAUAUUGUAAAGUGGCUUUUGGCAAUAGACACAACUGAACUUGGAAAGCAAGAAAGAAUAAAUCGCAUACCCUGUCCGUCUCUGUUGCUGUCUGCGCCUAACACGACCGACCCGCAGAACGUGAAGGAAAGGGUUGGGCAAACACCCAGGGGGACUCACAUACCGGAAUCCGAGCACUGGCGCGCGUGACGACGGGGAAAGGCGGAUCUAUGGUGGGGCUCAACUCCGGCGACGAAUUGAGGUGGCUCCGAGGAUUCCCCGGCGGGUAAGGGUUGCGGUAGUAUUCCUUGAACCAAUCUGACUUCUCGCCAGCAACUCGCUGGGGUCAGGGACGGUGCGGAUGACUCCCCGGUGCAGCGGCACUCCCCCACACGACGGAGCUGGUUCUCUCUUUCUUCGAUGACGGCGCGGCGAGCGGGGAGUAAGCGAGAAUAGGGAGCGAACGAGUCCCUGGGCACUACGGUUUUAUAUCCCGCAGGGAUGGUCACGCCGAGCUGGCGGAUUACGCGCGGCGAUGGCGGCGUCCGCAGCGGCUGCGUGGUUACGGCAGGGGAGGACGACCAACAGUGCUCUAGAGCCGAUGAUAGCUGGGCCCUCGUUGGCAGCAAUUAUUCCCCCAAGUCCGUGGAGUCAGUCCGAGACUGAAACAGCGGACCCGCGCUCCAGCGACAGAUGAUGGAACGCGACUGACAUAGUCGGCCCACCAGUCGACGUCGAGCAUGUAUCGGAGGGCGCGUAUGGGUGGAUAACGAGGCGGGCCCGCGUGCCAGUGAUCCACACUCUCCAUGGCUGCCUGGACCAAGCGCGUGGAAGGAAAGAGCAAUGGGCCAACAGUGAGGCGGUCAACCCAUAUAGGGGGAUAUGAAGUUUGUGGAAAGACAGCUGUUUAAUGAGAGAUAUUAAGUGAACAAUAUGAUGUGGUACUGAAGCAUCAAAACAGAAAAUGUGAUGUUAUCAACUGAAAGCACACAAACAUAACGAAUUAAAUAAAAGUUCAGGACGAGGUUCUUAUUCA